GCCCAACAAAGAUAUCCAGUUCAUUUUACCCGUAGUAUAUUUUUAGUCCCCAACAGACUUAGGGCUUUUAGUUUCUCAUCAUCGGAAAUUGGGAGUUAAGAUCCGACACAGAUCAAUUAUAUCUUCGGAGUGGCAGACGAAAAAUUCAUCUUUGGCUUUUUGUAUUCAAAUUAAGUGAUUGGAUUGGAUUGGAUUGGAUUGGAUUGGAUUGGAUUGAGCAGAAGGUAGCAGAGAUGGGUAGGGAUAGGGAUAUGUCGAGGUCACCAGCGUAUAGAAGAAGGUAUUCCCCGUCUCCGUCACCGGUGGUGCACAGGUCUAGCCACCGAAGCCGUCGAGAGAGAAUUCGAUCUCCUUACUCGCGCAGCAGAAAAAGAAGUCGUUCAAAAUCCCCAAGACGCCACAAAAGUCGCUCUCCGGUUUCAAGGCGUCAUAGAAGACAAAGAAGUAAGAGCAUAUCCUUGUCACCUAUUGGUAAACCUCCCAGAUCAAGUACUGCUUUAAAAGACCGGAAGGAUGAUAGUGAAAUGCUAAGAAAAGAGGAAGAAGAGAAGAAAAGGCGCCAACAGGAAGCAGAACUAAAACUAAUAGAAGAAGAAACAGCAAAAAGGGUUGAAGAAGCAAUCAAGGAAAAAGUUGAAGAGAAAUUGAACUCUGCCUAUAUGAAGCUUGAAAUUGAUAAGCGACUUGUAGAAGGGCGGAAGAAGCUUGCCAUUGAGGUUGCAGCUCAGCUUCAAAAGGAGAGAGAAGCUGCACUUGUCAUGGCAAAACAAAAGCAGGAGCAGGCUAAGAAAGAGAAGGAAGAAUUGGAUAAGGUGCUUGAAGAGAAUAGGAUGAAGAUGGAAGAAGCUCAGAGAAGGGAAGCUUUAGAGCAGCAGAGGAUAGAGGAAGAACGUUAUAGGGAAUUGGAGGAGCUACAAAGGCAGAAAGAGGAGGCUAUGCGAAGAAAGAAACAGGAAGAGGAGGAAGAACACGCCAAGCAAACGAAAUUGCUGGGCAAGAACAAAUCUCGCCCUAAGUUGUCCUUCGCUUUCGGAUUGAAAUAAGUCUCAGUGCGACUCCUGGGUUCAUUGUGGUUCCUUCGGGCCAUACCUGUUUGUCCCUGUGUAUUUUCUGUAUCUUUUUUCCCCCUUUUUACUCGGUGGUGUUAUAAGUUUAGAUGUAAGAGCCAAUGAAUGUAAGGUUAGUUUAUAGAUGUAAUACCCCAGGCCUCACAGCCGCAUGUAAUACUGAUAUGUGCUGGUGGCUUUGGUUGGAAUAUUAUUAAUUUCAUGGCAGCGUAUGAGAUAAGUACGUAUUCUUAUUACAUAGAUGACUCCACAUGGU